CUCACUGGUUCAGCUGGGCGGUGGGAUGCCGGGGCGAGAGGACGAGAUGCACCCCGUGCUGAAGGCCUUCGUCUGCGGCUCCAUCAGCGGCACCUGCUCCACGCUGCUCUUUCAGCCCCUCGAUCUGCUGAAGACCCGCCUGCAGACCUUGCAGCCGGCCGUGGGAGGGUCCGGUCGUGCUGGGAUGGUGACGGUGCUUUUCAGGGUGGUUCGAACUGAAAGUCUUCUGGGGCUGUGGAAAGGCGUCUCUCCCUCCUUUGCAAGAUGUAUUCCUGGGGUCGGGAUUUACUUCAGCACUCUGUACACCAUGAAGCAGAAGUUUCUAGGGGACCGUUCACCCACAGCCCUGGAGUCUGUCUUUCUGGGUGCCACUGCACGUGCAGUAUCUGGGAUUUGCAUGUUGCCAGUAACAGUGGUGAAGACACGGUAUGAGAGUGGAAGAUUUGGCUAUGGGAGCGUGUAUGGAGCUCUGAAGAGUAUCUAUCAGACAGAAGGGGCUCGUGGCAUGUUCAGUGGGCUCACUGCCACCCUGCUACGGGAUGCACCUUUCUCUGGGAUCUACCUGAUGUUCUACACGCAGACCAAAAAACUCACACCUCAGGUCCAGCUGGAUCCAGUGCUCAUGCCUGUGGUGAAUUUUGGCUGUGGGAUCUUCGCGGGAAUCUUGGCUUCGCUGGCAACGCAGCCUGCUGAUGUCAUCAAAACACACAUGCAGCUGUCCCCUAAAAAGUACCGCAGGACAAGCCAGGCCAUUGCCUUCAUCUACAGGGACUUUGGGUUGGUUGGCUUCUUCAGAGGCGGUGUGCCUCGUGCCCUCAGGCGUACUUUGAUGGCAGCAAUGGCGUGGACUGUAUAUGAGCAGAUGAUGGAAAAAAUGGGCUUGAAAUCCUGACUGACUUGCACUGGAACUGCCCAGCCUCACUCCUUCUCCUGCUUGCUGUGACCAGCUGGCACUGGAAAGCUCCCAGCUCCAAGGAGGAAUAAGCCUUGCUCAGCUGGGAGGAAGAAAGCCCUUCUGAGGCAGAGGAUUAGGCCUUUAGGGAAGUAGAAGGAAGAAAGAUCAAAUCUUUGCAUCUUUUGAUCAGUGCAUUCCAGAAGGACUGUACUUGGGACUGCCUUGGGCAGGGUUUCCACAGCAUGGUAUCUAUGCUGAGAGAAGCCCAUUUUAAAAAUAGCUCUGUGCGUGCCACCUUUAUGCAAUGAGAAAUUGCUGAGUGUCUGAGGAGAAAACAGUGAGGGCAGUGUUGACUGCAGAACCUGCUUGUGUUUUCCUUGCUGUCUGGCCAGUAAGGCCAUCAUGGUACACCAUCUGAUGCAGAUCCUUCUUCCUCAUAUGCUUUGUUCUCCCCGGGAGCACUGCAGACCACAGUAGAAGACUGGAUAUGUGUCUUGAUGUUUAUAAUGCAAGAGUGGAUGGAAGAGAAAAGAGGCCCCGAGGGAAAACUAGGAAUACAUUUUCUGUCAUUAUUUUUGUACUGUGCUUGAUAGCAGAGAAAGUAAUGUGCACCUCCCUGCUGUGUUGCCUCAUUUGGUAACUGAGCAUCUUAACACUUCAAAUACAUUUCUGUAGCUACAACAGCGUUUGCAGUGGAAUUAGAAAGAGUAAGGCACUUUAAACCAGAAGUAGAGAGCGCAUUAGUUGCUACCAAAGUUCUCCUGAUUCUCUGAAAGACAUUUUUCCUGCUGGUCAGACUAUAUCAGGAAAACUCAAAUGUUUUUUAUCCAGUUGUACUAGAGACUUACUUGCCUCCUGUUGCUCAUUUGCUGAUCCCUCUGCUCCUUAGAUGUAGCUUUUAAGGUCAUAGCUUCCAGAGCGUAAAUGUAUAAUGGAAGCAGGUACUGCUACUGUACUGACACUUUAAAUUUCCCUGAGAAGCCACUACUGACUGCAUGUGGAAUAUCUUUGGUUUGAGAGAAGAGGCUGUUCUUUUCUCUAAGCUUUCUCCAAAGUUCGAGGGGUUUGAGUGUUUGGUAAGGACAAAGAAACCCUGGACAGAUUGUCAGAUGUUCAUUUUCUUUUAGCAGGUAGCCUGUUCUUAUUUUAGUAUUCCUGAUGUAGCAAUGGGAAAGCACUGUACAAAUUGUGCACACAGAGGCAUAAUGAGGCACGUGAGCAAGGAAAGCUAGGUGACAAAUCUUGUAUUAAGUUAUGUCCUCAUUAGAAAUCUAAAAUGCAGGAAUACUUCAGUGGCUUUUAGGCCCUCUCCUUCUGCCUGGUCAAGUAACAAAGACCUGAAGAAUCUAGUUGACUGCUGGUGUCUUCAAAGUCAACUGAUUUUUAUCUGGGUUCUAGGCUAAUGCUGUGUUAGAUUUUUUUCUUCUUGAAAGCCCUUCCAUUGCCUGCACUUUUUGGAGAAUGAGGAGGCUCUUCAAUGUUGCAGCAGUGUGAAAAAGUGUGUGCUUCUGACAUGUGAACUAGCCUGGGCUCUUGGUUUUUAACAAACCUAAGUUUCACCACCUGUUUCAUCAGCGGUUGGUGUUGUAAAUCCAAAGACCUCUCUAGACAGGAGCCAGUGAGUUUUGUCAUGUGAGUUUGUUUUUAUUAUUUCUCUUGUUGCUUCCCUUACAUAUAGGGUAAGAGAGAGCCUGAGGUUCUGCUUUGUGAUCUGACAUCUGUGUCAAUAGGCAGGAAGACUCAGCUUCCUCAGCUCUGAUCCUCACUACCCCUCACCCUUUUACUCUCUUCAAAAACAUUCUAUUUCUAGAGUGAUUUGUUGAAGUUACUUUUUGAUAGUUAUACCAAGUCAAAAACAAUUUUUUGGAUAUAUUGCUUGUGAUGUUCUGUGCUUCUAAUGAACAACAAAUUAUUGUUGUGCAACUUAAAUGCAAAUAAAAACCAAAGAAAAUUCCAGAGGCAGGUACUGAGUCUCCUGUCUGCAUAACCCCUGCAAUUCAGUGCUAACAAUCCCAGCAGAUAAUCACUGACAAAGUCAUUUUAGCCUGGAUUUUGGAGAAGCUAAGGUGACAGUGUGAGCUUUUUUAGAUUGCCAGAUCACCAUCAGACCCCUCUCCCAAUGACCUCACUUGUUGGCAAUUCCAUGUUAGUGAACGUGCAUUGAUUCUGUUAUUCCUGCAGCUGUGCUCUAAGAACACAACUGGUUAACAGAUGGAGGCAGUCAGUAUUUACCUGAAAAUUAUAAAGAUACAGGAGAAAUAGUCUGAUUGUCUAUUGAUUUUGUGUUAUUUCCAUGCUGCCUGUAGUGUUUUUUUCUUUUUUUUUGACUGGAGCUUUGGGACAGUAUUUUGAGUGUAUGUUUACAUGAAAUAUUUAUGUGAUAAGGAAUAUAUUUAUAUUAAAAGCUGUGGUUACCAAAAUUAA